AUGCAAGUCAGUUUCACAGAAGCCAGCAGCAACUUAAAUGGAAACAGAGAGAGGCUGGAUUUUACACCUGUAGCUUGCACAGAAACAAUGACUUUCACUGAAGUGGUGGAGGAUGAGGAAUGGGGAUCCUUCUACUAUUCCUUUAAGACAGAACAGCUGGUUACUCUUUGGAUUCUCUUUAUUGUCACAGUUGCUGGAAACUCCAUUGUGCUGUUCUCUACCUGGAAGUGGAAGAAGAAGAGGAAAUCCAGAAUGACCUUUUUUGUGACACAGUUAGCCAUCACAGAUUGUUUUACAGGAUUCAUAAAUAUACUGACUGAUAUAAUUUGGCGCUUCACAGGAGAUUUCAUGGCCCCUGAUCUUGUCUGCAGAGUUCGCUACUUGCAGGUUGUCCUUCUGUAUGCCUCAACGUAUGUUCUGGUUUCACUCAGCAUAGACCAUUACCGUGCCAUAGUUUAUCCAAUGAAGUUCCUUCAGGGAGGUGGGGAAGUAGGAAGAAUGUACAGCAAGUCAUCCAAAGGAGAGUAUGAGGCCAAUCAGCAUGGAUACAAGAGUGUCAUUUACUUCAUUGUGAUUCGAACCAUAUGGAUGAAGAGUAAACCUCAUGCUGCGAUUGUUUCCAACUGCUCAAAUGGCAAAUUCUGUGCCAGCUACACCCAUCGAGGGCUCAUAUCAAAGGCUAAAGUUAAAACUAUCAAGUACAGCAUUGUAAUUAUUCUUGAAAAGAAAAGGACAUUUGUACUCUGCUGGAGCCCUUAUUUUCUCUUUGAUAUCCUGGACAACUUCAAAGUACUCCCUGAGACCAACGAACGCUUCUAUGCAUCUGUGAUUAUUCAGAAUCUACCAUCUUUAAACAGUGCCGUUAAUCCCCUCAUCUACUGCAUCUUCAGCAACAGCCUUUGCCGUCCUUUCGGGAAAAGAAGAGCAAGAAACUUAGGGGGAACUUUCAGAGACCAAACUGAUGGGCAGGAGAUGCAUGCUCUGUCCAAGCCCGAAUAUGUCUAGAAUGCAUGUAUCAAGACUCCCACUAGUACUGCCUGGAGAAUGCUGACAUCUCACUCUUUUCUAUAGCAUAUGGAUUUCAGAAUGGCAUUGCAAAUUCUUUCACU